UCCCAGUGAAGUUAAUCUGGGGUGAAGCAAACAGAAAAAUUGUGCAGAUUUUGUUGAAAAGGAAAAUGGCUCAAGAAACCAACCAUAGCCAAGUGCCUAUGCUUUGUUCCACUGGAUGUGGAUUUUACGGCAACCCCCGUACAAACGGCAUGUGUUCGGUAUGCUACAAAGAACAUCUUCAACGGCAGAACGGUAGUAAUGGUAGAAUUAGCCCCUCAGCCUCUUCUGUUAAUAGUCUCCCUGAGUCUUUACCCCUUCAGUGCACUGAAGGCAAUGUCCAGGAAGCCCCGUCAACACUAGACUCUACGCCCGUACCGCCUAUGCAACCAAGCUCUGCGUCAAGCCCUUCCUCGCUCUUAGCAGAAUCAGUAGCAUCAUCCAAAGUGGAAAGUACAGGCCUAGUGGACAAAACAGUUCCAGAAAGAGAAGGCGGGCAAGAACCAACACCAGAGGACCUUGCCGAGACAAUUUCAAUAGACAGUACCGGAGAGGAAUUGUCGAUGGAUAACUCAGAUUUACCUGAUACUGCCAGGGGCUCAGAGACAGAGUGCGAUUAUGACGCGAGCAUAGAAAAUAAUAUAGAUGGCCCCGAUUUCCCGGACGAGAGCAUGAGAGUGAGAACGAAGCGGCAUGACAUGGAUUUAACACUAAACACAGUAGCUUCCGCCUCAGAUAGUGCAGAGCCUUCCUCGGAAGAACAAGACAAGUCACUCGACAAACCAAAACAGAAAAAAUCUCGCUGCUUCAUGUGCCGGAAGAAGGUUGGUCUUACUGGGUUCGAAUGCAGGUGCGGAAACGUGUUCUGCGGCGUACACCGCUACUCAGACGUCCACAGUUGCUCUUAUAAUUACAAAGCUGACGCGGCUGAGAAAAUCAGAAAAGAGAAUCCUGUAGUUGUCGGUGAAAAGAUUCAGAAGAUUUGAACUGCUACUCUGGCUGGAAUAUUAAAAUUUCUGACCACCUGCAGACAAAAUUGACUUGAGCUUCUUUCCCC